AUGGGUAUCUAUAUCUAUAUCUAUAUAGAUCUAUAUACACCCGAUCAUGCUGGUGCAACGGAAUUCAAUGAUUAUUUAGUCCAGACGUAUGUUGAUAGUGAUAUCGGUUUGUUCAAUGCACAAACGUGGAAUGUUAAAGAUGCAAUUCAAAAUAAUUUACCACGAACUAAUAAUCAUGUGGAAGAAUAUAACAAGCGUCUGGAAAGUAAUUUUCCUGUUCAUCAUCAUAUUUAAGAAUUUGUUGGACUGUUACGUGAUGAACAUUCGUUCCAGCUAGGCAUGCUAGGAUUUCGAUUAAUCGAAAUUCGAUUAUUCGAAAUCGAAAAUAUUCGAACCUUAGAUUAUUCGAAAUCGAAAAUAAUCGAACCUUUUUUCUGUUUCUGGCAAAAUACUAGAGCGACGUGAGAGUAGUGGCUAACACGACACAU